CCCGGGUGGCAUCGUGGUGUUGUGGUGGGAUCUGGGGAGCUCCUGCCCUGAUGGCAUCCAUCAGCCAGCAKCAGAUCCAGAAGUUCCACAAGGAUGGCUUCCUUGUCCUGGAGCAGUUUUUCAGCGCAGAGGAGUGUGACAGCAUGAGGAGGCAGAUCCAGAGGAUCGUGGCGGAGAUGGAAGUGCCGCCGCAUUGCCGCACCGCCUUUUCCACCCGGGAGGAGGAGCAGCUCCAGGCGCAGGGUAGCUCGGAUUAUUUCCUAACCAGUGGAGACAAGAUUAGAUUCUUCUUUGAGAAAGGUGUUUUGGAUGAGAAAGGUAACUUYCUAGUUCCAAAGGAGAGGUCCAUCAGCAAGAUUGGCCAUGCUCUUCACGCUCAUGAUCCUGUCUUCAAGCAAAUCACCCACUCCCCCAAGGUGCAGGAAUUGGGAAGAAAACUAGGCCUUGAGAGACCAGUAGUUGUGCAGAGCAUGUAUAUUUUCAAGCAACCUGGCAUUGGUGGUGAAGUGACCCCACACCAGGAUGCCACCUUCCUGCACACAGAGCCUCUGGGCAGGGUCRUGGGGUUCUGGAUCGCCCUGGAAGAUGCCACACAGGAGAAUGGCUGCUUGUGGUUCAUCCCUGGCUCCCACACCAAUGGGAUUACCCGGAGAAUGGUCCGUGCAGCUUCAGGUGCCUCAACGUGUGUAGAGUUUGUAGGGUCAGAGCCAGCCUAURAUGACAAACAAUUCAUACCUCUGCCUAUAAGUAAAGGUGGACUCAUCCUUAUCCAUGGUGAGGUUGUCCAUAAGAGUGAACUCAACAGCUCGGAGUCUUCCCGCCACGCAUUCACCUUCCACGUGAUGGAAGCCAAAGGCACCACCUGGAGCAAAGAGAACUGGCUCCAGCCAACUCCUGAACUGCCUUUUCCAUCRCUCUACACCUGAAAUUAGUGACUGGCUUGUGGAGUCAAUAGCUGAUCAAUACUCCUUUCUGAUUGUUCUGAUGUAUGGUCUCUUUAAACCCAACCUUCACUAGAUCAGCUCUCAAUGUUCAUUUAYCCUCUACCUUGGAACAAAGAUCAUUAUCACAGCCCAAAACCUGCAGAAUCUACUGCAGCAGGAACCCUGCCAGUGUGAGAGUAAUCACCCAGUCCUUUUGGUAGGGAAACACCUCCAGUUUUGAAAUCAGACCAGUCAAGACCAUUGCAAGUUGUCUGGGACUAGUUACUGUGUAUUUCUCCCUGCGGAUACUCAGUAUUUUCUGUUUAAGAGAUUAAGUGCAUUCUCAGCUGAUUGACCCCAGCAAUGCAGGGGAACAUGUCAUGGAGAGAAGGCUGACUUUCCCCCUUAGGUCACUCUCAUAUUUUUGGAAAUAACAGUGAUUUAAAACAAUCUUCUUGUGGAAAAUGUGAAGCAGGAAGUCUGYUUUUUAGAGCCAAUCUUCUAAGCAUUCCUGGCAAACUGUAGCUGAGUGUUUCAUCUCUUGGUGUAUUGAUUAAAAAUAUGACACUUCUUAAAGAUUCAUGCUGAAAUGAUGGAAACAAAGAACCUCAAUCAAACUUUUUAUACUUAAAUAAAAAACCUGACAUUUUCMUUUUCAUCUCCAUCAUCCUUUCUUUGAGGAAGACACAGUGUGACCUUCUCCCAGCAGAUGGGGACAUUGUGAACUGGUGAGCAGUUGGAACACUCAAUAUAUGCAAGCACAAUYUCUAUCCCCAAAACCUCACCAAACCCAAACCAACUCAUAGCAAGGAAUGUUUGGAAAUGCAAGCUGCAUCUGAGGCAAGCUCCAGCCUGUGUCCUGAGCUGAACAGAACCUGUGUCAGUGUGAUUUCACCAGCACUGGCGCAGUGGCAAUCCUGAGAUAGGAGCCCAGUUACCCAUGCAGGAAUUACAUCCUAAGGCUGCUCAGGGCUGGGGUGGAGUGAAUCCAGAUGCAUCAUUUUUAAAAGUAAAUUGGGGAGCUCAGUAAUGGCAACAGCAGGAACGCUGAAUGCAAAGUUUCUGCAUUGAAAAACUACAUUUUCUACAAUUUGUUUAAAAUGUGUGAGCAGGGCGGAAGGAAAGCAAAUUUCUCUACC